UUACCUUUGACCUAUAGGCAGCGUGUUUUUGAUCGACCGUGACCGGACGUUGUUUGGUUACUACACGAAGCAGCCGCCAAAAAUGAAAUAAAUCUCCUAUGACUACAGAAUUUUAAAAUUUGAAGUGUAUUAAAUUUGGCCAGAAAUCACCCAUCAGUAUGUCGGGCGUGGUAGAGUACAUCAAAGGGGUGGCGGCCUGGGCGGAGAGUGUGGCAGACCCAAGAACUAAAGACUGGUUCCUUAUCGACAGUCCAGUGCCCUCCUAUAGCCUUGUCAUGCUUUAUCUCUUGGUGGUGUGGUGGGGACCACGCUACAUGGCCGACCGGAAGCCCUUUGACCUCAAAUAUAUCAUGAUGGCCUACAAUUUGUCGCUGGUCGUUCUGUCGGUGUACAUGUUUAAGGAGUUCUUUGUGACGACAAUUCUGAACCCCAACUUUAACUCUGUCUGCCAGCCUGUGGACUACUCCAAUGAUCCUAUGGCAGUCAGGUUGGCAGCCGUUUGUUGGUGGUUCUACUUCUCCAAGAUCAUUGAACUCCUGGACACGGUCAUCUUUAUCCUCCGGAAAAAGAACAGCCAGAUAUCCUUUCUGCAUGUGUACCAUCAUUCCACCAUGGUCCUGCUGUGGUGGAUUGGAGUCCGCUGGGUCGCCGGGGGAAACUCCUACUCGGCCGGUAUGGUGAAUUGUCUCAUUCACACACUGAUGUACUCAUACUACUUCCUGUCAGCCCUGGGACCGAGAGUACAGCCAUUCCUAUGGUGGAAGAAAUACUUAACCUCCCUCCAGCUGAUUCAGUUCUUCGGCAUCAUGAUUCACAGCUUUGUCACACUGUACAUGGACUGCGGUUUUCCCAGCCCCUACGUCUACGCCCUGGUGGCCUACCUCAUCUCCCAUAUCAUUCUGUUCUCCAACUUCUACCGCAAGAGCUACAGCGGUAAGGACAAGAAGAAGAAAACGACCAACGGCGCUACCUCUGAGCAGGAGCAAACUGGGGCGCGGCGGUACAACCUACGCCAGAGAUCUGGUAAAAACUAACCCUGCAAAGACUAGCAUCUAUGUAAAACACCAGCAAUUGUCGACCCCUAUAGACCAUUAUCAUGUUGCAGCCAUUUUUUUGAUAUUUUCCCAUUCAAAUCAAUGUAAUGAAAGCGAGGCU